GAACUUAGGAAGUCACCGUCUUUGGUCUUCAUCGGCGAAAGAAAUUGCGGCAAAAGCUCUAUAAUUAAUAAACUUCUAAAACAGACUAACCGACCAGUUCACGAGAACCCUUGCUCGUGCGAAUCAAACACGCGGAUGAGUUGAGCGCAAGGCUCGUUCAAAGAAAAAAAACUUUGAAGUGGUCUCAAACAAAGGCAGAGAGAAUCCAAAGCUUUAGACGCUACUGCAAAGGUCGGAUUAAACCACGAGCUUCUGAAAAGUGGAAUUGAGUCGAUGGAUUCACCUGGAAAGAACAAGACGGACGUGUCGGACAGUGUUAGAGGAUUUCCUCGAGAAAGGCACAGUUCCUCUUUUUGUGUACGUAAUUGA